AACAACUUUUUGGACUUUUUCAAACAGUUUCCCGAAAUAAAUUUAAAAAAGGAAGUGAAAAAAUAUCCAUGGCUCCAAAUAGGCCCUUGAAAGUGUUAACUUUUUAACAAAUUUACGACAACAACAUACCUAGUAUAACCUCCCAAUUGAACUCCGAAAAGGAUGGUGUGUGCACAUGCAAAUCUUAUCCCUACUUUACAUUGUAAAGGUAGAGAGAUUGUUUCUAAAAGACCGUCAGCAAAUUGAAAAGGACUAAAAUUGUUCAAUACAUACUUGAGGGACUAUUUUGAACCUACCCUCAAACAUAAGGGAUCAUUUACUCCAUUGUCUACACUCUUUAUAUAGUUGUGACUAUGUUAUUAUAAACAAAACACAGAAAAAACAUACAAAGCUCUAAAGCCAUGACAAACAAACUUCAUAUAGUCAUGUUCCCUUGGCUAGCUUUUGGUCAUAUUAUACCAUACCUUGAACUUUCCAAACUAAUAGCUCAAAAAGGUCACAAAAUUUCCUUCAUUUCUACCCCAAGAAACAUUGAUAGACUCCCAAAACUCCCACUUGAAUAUUCCAAAUCAAUAACCUUAGUGAAAAUCCCUCUUCCUCAUGUUGAUGGAUUACCAGAAAAUGCAGAAGCAACUAUGGAUAUUCACACUAAAGAUAUUGUCUAUCUCAAAAAAGCCUUAGAUGGAAUGGAACUUCAAUUAACAAGUUUCUUGGAGAAAACUUCUCCUGAUUGGAUUAUUCAUGAUUUUGCACCUUAUUGGUUAGCACCAAUCACAACUAGGUUAAGGAUCUCUAGGGGCUUUUUUCGAGUUAUUAACGCUUGGUUUUUGGCUUUUUGGGGAUCUACAGACAUGAUGCUCACUGGCUAUACUAAUCCACCACCAACACCAGAGGAUCUCAUGGUGAUGCCGAAAUGGAUACCGUUUGAAUCAAAGGCGGUUUUUCGUCACCAUGAAGCUAAGUGGGUAGUUGAUUCCAUGCAGAAGAACGUGUCUGGUGUGUCGGACAUAUAUCGUGCUGGAGCUACGAUAAAGGAUGUUGACGUAGUUAUUAUACGUCACUGUUAUGAGUUUGAAGGUCAGUGGUUGAAGUUACUAGAGGAUCUUCACCAUAGGCCUAUAGUUCCAGUGGGGUUAAUGCCACCUUCAUUGGACAACAGUGACAACAAUGGGACUUGGACAUGCAUCAAAGAAUGGCUAGAUGAACAAACCAAAGGAUCGGUAGUUUACGUAGCAUUAGGGAGUGAAGUGACUAUUGGUCCACGUGAAAUCAACGAGUUGGCCUAUGGGUUGGAGUUGUCUGGGGUACCAUUCUUCUGGGUUUUGAGGAAGCUAUCUAACUCAGGACACAUGGAUUACGUUGAGCUGCCUGAUGGGUUUGAGGAGAGAACACAUGGUCGAGGUAUAGUAUGGAAGAGUUGGGUACCUCAGUUGAAGAUACUAAGUCACAAGUCAGUUGGUGGAUUCUUGACUCAUUGUGGAUGGAGCUCGAUAAUAGAAGGGUUGAUGUUUGGUCACCCGUUGAUUAUGUUGCCAUUUUUGGUUGAUCAAGGUUUGAAUGCAAGAGUCCUAGAGGAUAAGGAGAUUGGUAUAGAAAUACCAAGAAAUGAAGAGGAUGGUUCAUACACAAGGGACUCAGUAUCCAGUUCAGUGAAGUUGGUAAUGGUAGAAAAAGAUGGAAGAAGAAUUAGAGAGGAAGCAAGAGAAAUCAGUUCAAUAUAUGGGAAUAAAAGGCUACAUGAUAAGUAUAUAGAAGAUCUAAUUCAGUUUUUGGAAGAUCAUAGAAAAAUGUCUUAUGGGCAUAGUUCCUAAAAAUCUAUGUAAUCAAAAAACAAAAUAAAUAAAAUUUAUUCCCUUCCUUUUCUUCCUAUCUAAUUCUACCUGUCUAUUUUCCACUUAAUCCACCCUAGACAACUCUAUAGUGAAUAUAACAAGCAAAAAGCCUGCACAUUAUGAUGAUCCAUUUGCU